GCUGGGCUAGGCUCGGCUGGGCUCUGGGCGGGGCCGGGCUGGGGAUGCGCUGUGCUGCGCUGGGCACUGCGCCGCCGCCGGGCUGAGGAUGCUGGCGCUGCCGCGGAGCGCUCGCCGCCGUCUGGGGAACAGAGCAGCCCGAGCCCAAGUCCGAGCGCAGUGAACAUCGUGCCUCGGGACCCCUAGGACCCCAGGCCCCCUGACCCACGAUGUCCAGGAAAAAGACCCCUAAGAGUAAGGCGGGGAGUACGCCCGCCUCUUCUCUGCCCACAGCCAAGGAGAACGGGCCGGUGGGCUCUGGAGGGGGCGGCCCUAGCCCGGGCCCUGGCCCUGCCCCCGAGGCACCAAGGAACGGGCUUCUGCUGCCAGGCCGCCCGUCCCUUAGCAGCAGCGGUGAUUUCUACGACGUUGCCUUCAAGGUGAUGCUGGUAGGAGACUCAGGCGUGGGGAAAACCUGUCUGCUGGUUCGAUUCAAGGAUGGUGCCUUCCUGGCUGGGACUUUCAUUUCCACCGUGGGCAUAGACUUCAGGAAUAAAGUCUUGAACGUGGAUGGUGUGAAAGUAAAGCUGCAGAUCUGGGACACCGCUGGACAGGAGCGGUUCAGAAGUGUGACCCACGCCUAUUACCGGGAUGCACACGCUCUCCUGUUGCUUUAUGAUGUCACCAACAGAGCAUCCUUUGACAACAUCCAAGCCUGGCUGACUGAGAUCCAUGAAUAUGCACAAAAAGAUGUGGUGCUCAUGCUGUUGGGAAACAAGGUGGACUCUACCCAGGAGCGAAUGGUAAAAAGGGAAGAUGGGGAGAAGCUGGCCAAGGCCCCCAGGAUUAUGCAGGAGGGCCUGCUCGAUGCUCAGCUCCCCUCCAGCUGGAAAGCAUGUUUUACAGGAGUAUGGGGUGCCCUUCAUGGAGACCAGCGCCAAGACAGGCCUGAAUGUGGAUUUGGCCUUUAAGGCCAUUGCAAAGGAGCUGAAGCAUAGGUCCAUGAAGUUGCCGAGUGAACCCAAAUUCAAGCUGCAUGACUAUGUGAAGAGAGAAGUCCGAGGCUCAGGCUGUUGCCGCCCCUGACCUAGAGUUCCCAGAGCCUGCUAGCCCUGCCUAGGGACAGGUGACUGUGCUCCAAUGCAUUUUGUGAGCCACUUUUCUUGUGGACAGUAUGUGCAUGUCUGUUGUGUGUCACUCUUUGUAAAGGUGAAAGAAGGGAGGUGCAGAGAGGACAGCAAAUGGGGUGGGAGAAACAAUUCUCCUAGGGGGAAGUGAAUGGUGAUGGGCAUUUACUUUGAAGCAGCAAGGUUCUAGACCUCUCUGGAAGCAUGGAGCUGGGAUAGCCAGCUCCACACUCAGUUCCUGGAAUCAAGGUUCAGUAACUUCUCUUUUUGACUGGUCAGGACACUCAUUCCCUGGCUCUGUAAGGUAAUGAUGACAAGGGCACUGAACCUCGUCAGUCUUGGAUGUUCAAUGUGGCAUGUUCCCUUCACAAAGCAUCUCACUUGACUAAACAAGUUUUGCCAAAGUUGUUUACAGACAGGAAGAAGAGAAGGGUCAGACCCUUCAAAAGGACAUGCCUUUGUCCUUGUUUGGCUGCUCACUGUAGGUGACCUGCCUUUCCAGGAAGAAAAUGCUGGAUUUUAUUGUAAUCUUAACCAAUCUGUUGGUUUUCCCACAUGCUAACUCACUGGCUUUAGGUGAACUUCAGUUUCACCCAACCUGCAUGCAGAAAACCAACUUGAAGGACCAUUUCCAUAGUAACAGGGCCUCGCCUCCACGCGUUUUUGCUGCUUCUCUUCCUUAUUGCCCUUAAGUGUAUGGUUGAUAUCCUGUCCGUUUGAUUUCUCAAGGUUUCUUUAGAUAUCCCUCCUUUACAUAAAGCCAUCUAUUCCUGAAGCUAGAGUAUAAAGAGAAAGGUUGUGGUUUCCCCAAAUUUCAGUUGGAAUGGGCAAUCAUGGAAGAGUCUUAAGGGUUGCUCUCGUUAUCAGAAAACAAAAAGCCGAAGAUGAGUUUCACACUCAUCUACUGCUGAACUAGUUCACAAGGCAAGGUUAUAUUUCCGCACUACCAAGGUACCUAGGAUUAAAACUCAAGCGGAACUUUCAAGAAGACAGGUUACACAUAAGGUAGGCCUUUAGUAUUUUGAUGGCAAAAGCCAAUCAAAAGAUAGGGACCACAGAAACUAUUCCAAGGACUGUUUUUUAACCUGCCGGGGGUGGGGAGGAAGAAGGCUAAUAGUUUCUCAGUCUCAUCAAGAUAAACAGUUUAAUAAUUCUGUCCCAAGAGGAAUUAGCAACACUAGUAUUUCAGUGUUAUUUCCCUCCCUCCUUGUAGCUGGUGUCACUUUAGAGCCCUACUCUGCCGACCAAAUGGGAUUCUAGCUUUGUAUUUAGAGGGCCUAUUGUGUUCCUGGACCUGCAUCCUUUGGACCCAUUAGAUUGUGAGCUCAUUGAGGGUAGGGACCAUCUUUUGCCUUUUUGUAUCCAGUGCUUAGCACAGUGCCUGGCACAUCGUGGGCAAUUAACAAUUUUUGACUGACAAUAACCUGUACUGCCCUGGAUGCUGCUGUCUGGCUGAAAGCUGGAAUAGAGGGUCAAAGUCCAGUCUGAGUACGCCAACCUCCAGUCUUGCUUCCUAAGAGCAUUAAGUGCACACAAGAUUUGCUUUUAUCCUCUUUACUCCUUGGGAGGGUGAUAACCUCUUAAAAAUAAUUUAAAACCCAGGUACACAUUAUGAAGAUAAUCCACAUGGUAGUACUUUAAGGUCUUUUCCUAUUACAAACUGGAAAAUGGCCUCUUUUUUGUGUUCUUCUCAUAUAGGAUAGUCAUGGAUAAAACCGAUCCCUUACAAACAUAUAGCUUUUAACAGUUUCCAAGUGCAUUCCUGUCAUCUGUCAAGUCUUUCAAUAACCCUGAAGUAGGCAGGGUUCCCCAUUUUAUGGGUGAUAAAACAUUCCUAUUACCCCAAAUGGUUACACAGCUGGCCCUCAAACCAAGCCUCCCAAUACCCCCUCUAACACGAAACCUGUUUUAACUGGGCUCGGCCACAAGGCUAUUUUCCCCCCUUAAAAAAUAGUCCUUCAGCGUGCAUCCCAGUUGAGAUAAGCUGAAAAACAAAACCCCAUUUCCAUUGUCUUAAACCAAACCACUGGUGGGGCUUGGAAAUAAAUGAUAGUGGAGUGGGGCAGGGCGGUAUAGAGAAUGCUAUCAAAGCACAUCUAGAGGGCCCCUAUACACCAGCAAACUCCCCAUGUGGAGACCAAGUAAAAUAUUUUACAGGGAAUUAUGAAACACUUCUCAAAAUUUACCAAGUCUUAUUUGACAAACUGGCUGAAAAUGUGGGCUCUGAUCAACAAGUUUCAGGGGCUCACCAAAAAAAGGUCCAGAACAGUAAUUGUAACAAGGUCUUGAAUCAUUAAAUCAAGUCAUCUUGAUGGCAGCAGUAUAACUACUGAAUUCUGCAAUGGAGCGUACACAGUAUAUAAAAUACUGCAUCCCAAUCAGGAAAGUAGACUUAAGGAGGUCCAGUGUCUAUAGCCCUGAAUUCAGUGGUUAUACUGUAUUAAGUCUGAUAAGCUUUUUAUAUCACAAAGUGCUGCUGAAACAAGACUAAGUUACUCUGACCUUGUACAAACAUCUUUCUCGUUGGCCCUUCUAUUCGUGGCUGUUAUGUUCUACAAUGCUGUCAAUAAAGUCUGUUGGUUUUUUAAAGUAGUGUUGUUU